UGUUGUAAUCUGAUUAGACGUCCAGUUGUAUUAGUGGUUUUCUGAGUUUUCAACUCUUAUCAUUUGCUGCUCGCUUCAUGAUUAGCUGCAAUCACUCACUACAUGGUAAAAAGUAAAACGAUGCACAGCUGCCUAUUGUAUUUGGAUAGACAGUUGGUACACAUAGAGAAUCUUAGUGUAAAGCAUUGUGUAGUAAACCUGAGUAAGGUUAUAACUGUAUUUUCCCCAAUCGGCUUGCCGUAGAACUCGAAACCCAAUGACAAUUCAGGAAGUAGGGCUACUCCUUGGCGUUGGCCAAAUAUUGAUUAGGCUUGAGCAAAAGGAUUUGGGCGUUUCCGAAUACCAUCGACAUUAUCUAUAAAGACUCUUCUCUUACCUGGUCGCUUGUCAAGGACAGGAAUACACUGAUGGACACAAUGGCAUCCUCAACCCCUUUGACCCAGGCCAACACCACCUUUACCCUGGCGUUGUUCAAAAAAAUCACGGAGGAAAACAAGUCUGGCAAUGUCUUCUACUCUCCUCUCAGCAUCUCUUCGGCCUUGGCCAUGGUGCUGCUGGGUGCACGGGGGAACACCUCCACACAGAUGUCAGAGGCGCUGCAACAUCAGAAGGGCGAGGAGGACAUCAACGCCAGCUUCUCCAAACUGCUGAGCGAGCUGAACAAGCCAGACGCGCUGUACUCCCUCAGUCUGGCCAACGGGCUGUAUGGAGAGAAGACUUACCAGUUUGUUCAGGGGUUCCUGGAUGAAACCAGGAAGUACUACCAGGCAGACCUCCAGUCUGUGGACUUCAAAACCAAGGCAGAGGAGGCCAGGGUGGAGAUAAACACCUGGGUGGAGAAACAGACACAAGAUAAAAUCAAGGACCUGUUGGUACCUGGUGUGGUUGACUCGCUGACCAGGUUGGUGCUGGUCAACGCCAUCUACUUCAAGGGAAAGUGGGACGAGCCGUUCAAGGAGGAAGCCACCGAGGAGACUGCCUUCAAACUGAACAAGAAUGACACUAAGAAAGUGAAGAUGAUGUACCGCAAAGCAACGUUCCCACUUGCCUUCAUUCCUGAGGCGAAUUGCCAGAUCCUGGAGCUGCCCUAUGAAGGCAAAGAACUCAGCAUGCUGAUCUGCCUGCCUAUGGAAAUUGAGGACGGCACCACCGGCCUGGAGAAGCUGGAAGCGAUGCUGACCUACGAGACCUUCAUGGAAUGGACCCAGCCAGACAGGAUGGGCCAGAGGGAAGUCUUAGUGGGCCUGCCGCGAUUCAAGAUGACCCAGACCUACGACAUGAAAGACCUGCUGGUCAGCAUGGGCAUGGUGGACGCCUUCGACCAGGGCCUCAGUGACUUCUCUGGCAUGUCCUCGGCCAACGACCUGGUGCUGUCCAAGGUGGUCCACAAGGCCUUCGUGGAGGUCAACGAGGAGGGCACCGAGGCCGCCGCCGCCACGCAUAGCCGGCAGAACCUUUGCUUCAGGAUAACCCCCGAAUUCGUCGCCGACCACCCCUUCCUCUUCUUCAUCCGCCACAACCCCAGCAAGAGCAUCCUGUUCGCCGGCCGCUACAGCUCACCUGAGUGAUGGCUGAGAGUG